ACCAUCAUCGGUUCGGAAAUACUGUGCAACGAAUCGUCUAUACGAACAUACUUGUAGUCAGUUCGAGUUUGUAAGCUGUUGCGUAAGGUUCAUUGUACGUUUAUUGAAAAUUCAGUUGUUUGAUAUUAUUGUAUGUGACGGUCGUAUAAAGGAUAAACCAAAUUAUUUUUUGUGGAGAUUAUUUGAAACAAAAAAAAAUUGAGAAAAAGAGAACUGUGAUACGAAUCAGUUGACCCGAGUCGAGUCUAAUCAAUUUCGUGUGUUUUGAGUAAAUCGGAAAUUAAUUUCAAAUGGUAGUAUUGGACGGAGGUACCAUGGUAUCGUUAGGAAGUAGUCAAUAUCUUCAGCCCGACUAUUUGUCACCGCUUCCGACAACGUUGGAUGCCAAGAAAAGUCCACUCGCAUUACUGGCACAAACAUGCAGCCAAAUUGGAGCCGACUCAAAUGCCGUAAAGCCGUUGAUUUCUUUGGAGAAAGGCAAGAAAACCGAAUCAUCAAAAUCACCGACGGCAUCAUCGAAAACACCAAAGUCAAAUUCUUCACCGGAAAACCGGCAGCUAGCAUUUAAGCCAUAUGAAACAAAUGUGUUAACAAAAACCGACGAUCGGCCAUCGUCGAAAACAAGCAGUGCUAACGGAAGUGUGUGUGGUGAUAUGAAAUCGAAAAAUAGUGCACGUAUACCAUCCAGAAAUAAGUCAAAUUCUCCCGAAAUCAGUGUAGUGAACAAUAAUCAAGAUAUGAAAUCAGAAGCUAGAUCCACACCAAGCACAGCCGACAGAAAAUCAUCAUCACCGUCAAACAGUUCGCAACGGGGUGCCAGUCCAAUCGUUCGAUCCGGAUUGGAAGUGCUGCAGGGACAUCCAAAGGACGUGCCAUUAGGAACAUAUAAAACCGGCAAUUUCGGAAUGGGUUCACUGGCAGCAUUAUGCUGUCCACCCGGCAUGGAACAGCACGCAAAUCCAGCAUUUCGACCACCGUUCGGCAAUGGAUUUUCUCAUCAUCAUGCGGCAAUGCUAGCUGCUGCAGCUGCCGGCUAUCAAAGUCCUGCAUCCAGUCCAGUGCCAUAUGUUAGUUAUGCUCGUGUCAAAACACCGUCUGGUGGCGAAGCAAUUGUACCUGUUUGCAAAGAUCCAUAUUGUACUGGUUGCCAGUAUUCGGCUCACAAUCAACAAAUGAUGAUGGGAGCCCCGUGUCCCAGCGGUUGCACUCAAUGCGAACACCAAAAAUAUGGCCUAGCAAUGGCAAUGUCUUCAUUACCGCCCGGCCAUCCAUACAGUCAACUAGGUCGUCCAUACAUCUGCAAUUGGAUUGCCGGCGAAACAUAUUGCGGCAAACGUUAUUCAAAUUCCGAAGAAUUACUACAACAUUUGCGAACACACACAUCAAAUCUUGCCGACCCGGCAGCCGCUGCAGCUGCACUAGCACAAUCCCAGCAACAAGCUAUGAUGCAACACCCAUUGGGAUCACUGUUCAAUGCAUCCGCAUUGCAUCGGGCCUAUCCAACACCACCGCUCGGCUCAAUGUCAUCACGGUAUCAUCCGUAUGACAAGGCGAUUCCGACAUCAUUAGCUGGUUCACCGUAUGCCGCAUUUAAUCCAGCCUUAAAUCCAUACUAUUCACCGUACGCUAUGUACGGACAGAGGAUCGGAGCGGCAGCUGUUCAUCCAUAGGAUUAUUGCUUGCCGUAAUUGCACUUAAUUGGAAACACACACACACAAAACCAACAUGUAAAAUGGCUUCGAAUAAAAUAUGGGAAAAUUUGUUUUGUUUGGUCGACCAUUUGUCUCUUUACUGUGAUAUUAUCUAAGGCAUGGACUUAUUGAACGGAUGAAGAAGAAGAAAUAAAUAAUUAAUUUGAAAUUGAAAACUUUCAAUGGACUAGUUUUCUGUUUAGUGUUGUAAAUGAAUUUAUGAAUUUAAUUGACCAAAAAGGAAUGUCAAUUGAUCACACACCACAUUUAAUUGCCAAAAAGAACUUAAACCUUUACCACUUCAAAAUGUAAUAGACGAGUCGAGUAUGUAUGGAUAUACUAGAGAAACAAACAAAAAAGUGUUUACGGUGUGAGACAUAUUCAAAGUAAAAUUUUUGAUUUUGAUGUUAAAUUUUGCAAUAAUUUUGGUUUUGAAAUCUUUAAUUUCCGUGAUAAUUAACUUGCUUCACCCAAUCGAUACAGUCUGUUCAAUGUUAUAAAAAGCCCAGAAAAAAAUUGUAAAAAAAAACCUUCGGAAUCAACUUAACAGCCAGAUUUAAUAUUUAUCAACCGAAUAAAUUAAUUUGAUUCAUUUCUGUUUUGUCAUAUAACCUUUCUGAUAACAAGAACAAAAAAAUAAAUAUUUAUUAUUCUCAAACGCAAAAACACAAAAUCCAAUGAUGUAAAUAGGAAUUUCAGUUCUGAAAUGACAACCGAAACAAAUAAUUGUGUAUACAAAUAUGAAUUUAAAAGAAAAUUAUUUAAAAGAACAUUAAAAACUCAAGAAAUUUAUCAAAAAA